GAAGAGUUAUACGAAUGCGGGUAUAGCAGUAGGGACAUUUGAUUAUACCAAGGUUGCAGCAGACAGUAACAGCAAGAGCGGUUCAUUCUGGACGUUGUACAACGGCAAGGAUAUUGGUGUGUGAUAUGUUUGCUCCCUUCCACUGCAUACUUAUGGUUAUUAUAGGGGUCCUGACUGCAUGGGCAUGGGGCUUUCACCGCGUCCUGGACGGCAUUGAACUCAAGGUCCCAGAGAUUGACGCGACCAAGUCUGGAGUCACGGGCUGUUCCCGUCUGGGCAAGGCUGCUUUGGCAGCUGGCCUGUUUGAUAGGCGUAUCGCUGUCACUAUGCCCAUGUGCUCUGGCGUUCAAGGCGCGGGACCCUACCGCUACAGCUUGAGCGGACAAGGAGAAAAUUUGGAAAACGCAAAAUCUGGAGCUGGAUGGUGGACCUCCUCCGGCAUCUCCCAGUUCGUCGGCAAAUCCACCCAGCUACCCUAUGAUGCGCAUACUAUUGUUGCAGCCAUCGCUCCACGCGCAGUCAUCCUGUCGCAGAACGCCAAUGAUCAGUUCACCGAUUCCAAAGGCACUGCUCAAGUCAUGUUUCCUGCGGCCAAGGUUGUGUACAACUGGCUGAGUGUGGGUAAGCAGCUGGGCAUGAGUAUACCGUCUGGUGGACAUUGUGAUAUGAGCGGGUACGCAGACAUUCUGCCUUUCGUACAACAGGUGUUGCAGGGCAAGAGCACGACGAGGAACUAUGACGACUUGAAGAACUGGAAGGCUAUGCCCGAGGCUUAUCCUUGGGGCAGCGAUGUGCCAAAGGGGAAGUGAGUAGGAGUAUUCAAGUGACGCUUUGG